AACCACGUGUCCUUCUUCUCACCGUUCCAAAACUAUCUGAUCCCAUUCUUCUCCCAAUUCCAAAUUUUGCCAUCCCAAUAUAACCACCCACUUUCAUUUCAUGUGACUCUUUGCUUCCUUCACUCUCACUACACUCUUUUUUGUCAACUUCAAUAGGAGAGAAGAAAAAAAUAUCCCAUUUUGUAUGAUAUUUUUCUUCUUUUCUAUUCAUCAUUCACAUACUCCAAAUCCUUCUCUUAUUUUCCUUUUUAUUUUGUCUCUUUCCACUUUAUGAUAUUUUUCUAUUCAUCAUUCACAAUCUCACUUGAGCUAUCAUUGGGCAUCAAAUCUACUGAUUCUCUUUUGUGGCCUAGCAAUAGCACUCCUUGAAAUAUCUUCACGUGGCAUUAGUUGGAGUUGGAAGUGGUAGUUUUCUCUCACUUGGGGUGACAGGAGAAAGAUAAGGAAUUGGAAAUGGCUACUAAGGUAGAGGCUAAUGGUGGUGGUAAAAGUGGUGGUGUUUCUACAGUUUCUGCCAAAGUUCCAGCGGUGGCACAUCCAUUGGCUGAAAAGCCUGAUGAGGUUGCAUCUAAUAUCAGUUACCAUGCUCAGUUCAGUCCUCAUUUUUCCCCUUUCAAGUUUGAGCUGGAACAAGCUUACUAUGCCACUGCAGAGAGUGUUCGUGAUCGUCUCAUUAGGCAAUGGAAUGAAACAUACCAACAUUUUCACAAAGUUGAUCCCAAGCAAACUUACUACUUAUCAAUGGAGUUCCUUCAAGGUCGAGCUUUAACCAAUGCUAUUGGAAAUCUGAAUAUCCAAGAUGCAUAUGCCAAUGCUUUGAGGAAAUUUGGGCUUGAACUUGAAGCAAUAGUAGAGCAGGAGAAGGAUGCAGCACUAGGAAACGGUGGUCUUGGUAGGCUUGCUUCUUGCUUUCUAGAUUCCAUGGCAACACUUAAUUUGCCUGCUUGGGGUUAUGGUUUGAGGUAUAGAUACGGGCUAUUUAAGCAGAGAAUCACCAGGGAAGGUCAAGAGGAAGUUGCAGAGGAUUGGCUUGAGAAGUUUAGCCCCUGGGAAGUUGUGAGGCAUGACAUUGUGUACCCCAUCAGAUUCUUUGGUCAUGUUGAGGUUAAUCCUAAUGGAAGCCGAAAAUGGGUCGGAGGAGAGGUUGUGCAAGCGCUGGCUUAUGAUGUGCCAAUGCCAGGUUACCAAACCAAGAACACCAUCAGUCUUCGCCUCUGGGAAGCAAAAGCGAGUGCUGAGGAUUUUAAUUUAUUUUUAUUUAAUGAUGGACAACAUGAUGCUGCUUCAGUGCUUCAUUCACGAUCUCAACAGAUUUGUUCGGUUUUAUAUCCUGGGGAUGCCACAGAAGGUGGAAAGCUUCUACGGCUGAAGCAGCAGUUCUUUCUCUGCAGUGCAUCACUUCAAGAUAUAAUUUCCCGAUUUAAGGAGAGGAGACAAGGACCUUGGAACUGGUCUGAAUUCCCAACAAAGGUUGCUGUACAAUUGAAUGAUACUCACCCAACACUUUCAAUACCAGAGUUGAUGCGAUUACUAAUGGAUGAUGAAGGGCUCGGAUGGGAUGAAGCAUGGGAAGUGACAACAAGGACCAUUGCUUACACCAAUCAUACUGUCCUCCCUGAAGCACUGGAGAAAUGGUCUCAACCUGUUAUGUGGAAACUGCUUCCUCGCCACAUGGAGAUCAUAGAAGAAAUAGAUAAGAGAUUCACUGCAAUGAUAAAUACCAGCCGAUUGGACCUUGAGAGUGAGCUUUCCGCCAUAUGCAUCUUGGACCAUAAUCCCCAGAAGCCAGUAGUUCGGAUGGCAAAUUUGUGUGUUGUUGCUUCUCAUGUGGUGAAUGGCGUUGCCCAGUUACACAGUGAUAUAUUAAAGUCAGAAUUAUUUGCAAAUUAUGUUUCAAUAUGGCCAACAAAGUUCCAAAAUAAAACCAAUGGGAUUACACCUCGAAGAUGGAUCCAUUUUUGUAAUCCUGAGCUAAGCGGGAUAAUCACCAAGUGGUUAAAAACUGAUCAAUGGGUAACCAACCUUGACUUGUUAACAGGUCUUCGACAGUAUGCUGACAAUGAAGAUCUGCAAGCAGAAUGGCUUUCUGCAAAGAUGGCUAGUAAGCAGCGCUUGGCACGGUAUGUUCUGCAGGUGACAGGGGAGAUCAUUGACCCAGAUAGUUUGUUUGACAUUCAAGUCAAGCGUAUCCAUGAAUACAAGAGGCAGCUACUAAAUAUUGUUGGUGUGAUUUAUAGAUAUAAGAAGCUAAAGGAGAUGAGCCCUGAAGAGCUUAAGAAAACUACUCCACGCACUGUGAUGAUUGGAGGAAAGGCAUUUGCAACAUACACAAAUGCUAAAAGGAUAGUCAGGCUGGUGAAUGAUGUUGGUGCUGUUGUCAACAGUGAUCCUGAGGUCAAUAGCUACUUGAAGGUUGUGUUCAUCCCGAAUUACAAUGUGUCUGUGGCAGAAAUGCUGAUUCCAGGAAGUGAGCUUUCUCAGCACAUUAGCACUGCCGGCAUGGAAGCAAGUGGCACAAGCAACAUGAAAUUUGCUUUGAAUGGGUGCCUUAUAAUUGGUACUUUAGAUGGAGCUAAUGUGGAAAUCAGGGAAGAGAUUGGUCAGGAAAAUUUUUUCCUCUUCGGUGCAACUGCAGAGGAUGUCCCACGACUGAGGAAGGAAAGAGAGAAUGGCCUGUUCAAGCCUGAUCCUCGAUUUGAAGAGGCAAAGAAGUUUAUUAGGAGUGGAGUGUUUGGAAGCUAUGACUACAAUCCAUUGCUUGAGUCUUUAGAAGGAAAUUCGGGUUAUGGUCGAGGUGAUUACUUUCUAGUUGGUUAUGACUUCCCAAGCUACAUGGAUGCUCAGGCAAGAAUUGAUGAAGUGUAUCGUGAUAGGAAAAAAUGGCUAAAAAUGUCCAUCUUAAGCACUGCUGGGUGUGGAAAGUUCAGCAGUGACCGGACAAUUGCUCAGUAUGCCAAGGAAAUUUGGAACAUAGAAGAGUGCCGCGUACCGUAAUUUCAAUUGGAUAUCUCUUUCAUUCAAGUUUCUGUAUAGCACAAAAAGAAUUAUAAGUAAAAAGAAGU